AUCAAUACAUUUCUUAUUAUUUCAAUUAAUAUUUUAAAUAACAAUCUUCAAGUAAUUUUAAUAAAUUGAUAUUUUAAUUUCUUGUUUAGAUUUGGAUUGCUGACUUAAUGAUACAAUUGGAGAGGCCGUGGUGAAGUGAACUCCAUCACUCGAGCUCUCGUUCAUUUUGGGUGGCGUGUUUCGUUUAAAAGAUGGGACGAGUUAUCAGAGCUCAGAGGAAGGGUGCUGGGAGCGUUUUCAGAUCCCACACCAAACACCGAAAAGGUGCCCCAAAAUUGAGGUCUUUAGAUUUCGCCGAGAGGCAUGGUUACAUCAAGGGAGUUGUGAAAGAUAUUAUCCAUGACCCUGGUAGAGGAGCUCCUUUAGCAGUUGUGCAUUUUAGAGAUCCUUACAGGUUUAAGACCCGUAAAGAGCUUUUCAUUGCCCCUGAAGGAAUUUACACUGGCCAAUUCCUGUACUGUGGAAAGAAAGCCAACUUACAUGUUGGAAAUGUUAUGCCCGUCGGCACUAUGCCUGAAGGUACUAUCAUCUGUAAUUUGGAAGAGAAGACCGGAGACAGGGGUCGGUUAGCUAGAGCUUCAGGAAAUUAUGCUAUCGUUAUUGCACACAAUCCUGAUUCAAGAAGGACCAGGGUUAAGCUUCCAUCAGGUGCAAAGAAAGUCAUUCCCUCUAACAACAGAGCCAUGGUUGGUAUCGUUGCUGGAGGUGGACGUAUUGAUAAGCCAGUCCUUAAGGCUGGUCGUGCCUAUUAUAAAUAUAAGGCAAAGAGGAACUGCUGGCCUAAGGUUAGAGGUGUUGCCAUGAACCCAGUCGAGCAUCCUCACGGUGGUGGUAAUCACCAGCACAUCGGUAAAGCUUCCACCGUCAAGAGAGGAACUUCAGCCGGUAGAAAGGUUGGUCUUAUUGCUGCCAGGCGUACUGGUAGGAUUCGUGGUGGUAAGACUGAUCAGAAGAAGGGAGACGAUUAAAGUUAAUCAAGUGUAAAAGUUUUAAAUAUAUAUUUACUUUUUACGC